AUGGCCGUUGACCGUGUGUUAGCCAUCUGCACGCCAUUUUACUACAAACGUAAUGUCGACGUCAACACAUGGAAAAUUGGCUGUCUAUGCGCGGGGGUGGCCAUAGCAUGCUUCUGCUGUUUCCCGUUGAUUGGCCUCGGCGAUUUCAUGGCCGUCCGGGGUGGAGGGAGAGUUGUUUGCAGUUCGCUAUCAUACAGAAACGUUCCCGUUGAGCGCGUUUUCGGCGUCAUGUUUGGCUGUAUCGGGUUUGCCUGCAUGUUCACAAUAGUCGUGUGUAACAUGCUCGUGAUACGGGCUCUGAUUCGCCUUAACAAUCGCAUUAUGAGCAUCACAACCACCUCUGACACAUUGACCUCCACGACGGAUGGCUCCAGUGAUGGCUCAUCCGCAGCCAAAGUGACGUCAUAUGAAGUUACCUUUGCCAAACUAAUGGGCGCCCUUGCGGCCGUGUAUCUGGUCUGCGGAACGCCGUACAAUACACUGAUGCUGAUGCAGCAGUUCAAUGUGAGGAUUGACCCGAGUAUCACUGGCUACAUCCACCUACUCGGAGGCUUCAUCUACACCAUUGACCCUAUUGUCUACAUCCUUGUUCGCAAGACCUCCCGGAAACGCAUUGUAGAGAUGCUGUGUAACAGCUGCUGUAUGGGAGAAGAUACACUCAAGGCUUGA